CAGAGAGAGAGACAGAGAGAGAGGUGCGACCUAUUCCCCGCGGGCGGCCGGCGCUAGGACCCAGCGGGCGCGCGGCGGCCGGGUGGUCGUGGGCUGAGCCAGCUCUCUGCUCCCGGGAGCCCGGGGGCACGGCAGGGGGCAUGGCUCGGACGGCGUGGGGGCUGCUGUGGCUGCUGCUGGGCAGCGCCGGCGCUCAGUACGAGAAGUACAGCUUCCGCGGCUUCCCGCCCGAGGACCUGAUGCCCCUGGCCUCGGCCUACGGCCACGCGCUCGAGCAGUACGAGGGCGAGAGCUGGCGCGAGAGCGCGCGCUACCUGGAGGCGGCGCUGCGGCUGCACCGGCUGCUGCGCGACAGCGAGGCCUUCUGCCACGCCAACUGCAGCGGGCCCGCCGCCUCCCCGACCGGGACCGGGCCCGGGCCCGUGCCCGAUCUCGACGGCCACGACCGCGGUGACGACGCAGACUGGGCGCGCGAGCUGAGGCUCUUCGGGCGCGUCCUGGAGCGCGCUGCCUGCCUGCGGCGCUGCAAGAGGACGCUGCCCGCCUUCCAGAUGCCCUACCCGCCGCGACAGCUGCUGCGCGACUUCCAGAGCCGCCUGCCCUACCAGUACCUGCACUACGCCCUCUUCAAGGCAAACCGACUGGAGAAGGCUGUGGCCGCGGCCUACACCUUCCUCCAGAGGAACCCCAAGCACGAGCUGACCGCCAAGUAUCUCAACUACUACCGGGGCAUGAUGGACAUCGCCGAUGAGUCCCUCACGGACCUAGAGGCUCAGCCCUACGAGGCCGUGUUCCUUAGAGCUGUCAAGCUCUACAACAGUGGUGACUUCCGCAGCAGCUCAGAGGACAUGGAACGGGCCCUAGCUGAAUACCUGGCAGUCUUUGCCCGGUGUCUAGCUGGCUGUGAGUGGGCGCAUGAGCAGGUGGACUUCAAGGACUUUUACCCAGCCAUAGCAGAUCUCUUUUCAGAGUCCUUGCAGUGCAAGGUGGACUGUGAGGCCAACCUCACCCCCAACGUGGGUGGCUACUUCGUGGACAAGUUCGUGGCUACCAUGUAUCACUACCUGCAGUUUGCCUACUAUAAGUUGAAUGAUGUCCGCCAGGCUGCCCGUAGCGCUGCCAGCUACAAGCUCUUUGACCCCACGGACAGUGUCAUGCAGCAGAACCUGGUGUAUUACCGCUUCCACCGGGCUCGCUGGGGCCUGGAAGAGGAGGACUUCCAGCCCCGGAAGGAGGCCACGCUGUACCACAACCAGACCGCUGAGCUGCGGGAGCUCCUGGAGUUCACGCGCAUGUACCUGCAGUCCGAUGAUGAGAUGGAAGUGGAGACGGAGGCUUCCCCGGAACCUGAGACGCCGCCGUCCGACGCCGAGUUUGAGGGGGAGGGGGACUACGAGGAAGGCCUCUAUGCCAACUGGUGGCAGGAGCCAGAUGCUAAGGGCGACGAGGCUGAGGCUGAGCCAGAGCCUGAGUUGGCAUGAGUAAGGGGUCACCACACACCCCUCGAGCUUAGGAUGCUUGGACAGCAACGAUAACUAUUUAUUGAAGUUCUCAAUGCCAGGUGUGGUGGUUCACACCUUUAAUCUCAGCAGUCGGGAGGCUGAGAUAGGAGGAUCGCCGUGAGUUGAGGCCAGCCUGGGCUACAGAGUGAGUUAAAAAAGUCAUCCUGGCCAGAAUGAGACCCUGCCUCAAAAAAAAAAAAAAAAAUAGUGUUUUCCGUGAAGUUUGGGGAGGCAGCUCAUUUGGUAGAGUGCUUGUCUGGCAUGCACAAAGCCCUGGGUUCGAUCCCUAUAAGCCAGACAUGGGCGAGCAUCCCUGUGAUCCAGCUCAGGAGGUGGACAGAGUAGGAUGUGAAGUUCAAGGUCAUCCUUGGCCACAAAGAAAGUUCGAGGGCAGCCUAGGAUCUUGUCCGGAAAAGAAACAAAACCGAACAAGCAAACUUAAAAAUGGAGACCGUUGCCGGGCCUCCAUCUUGUCUAACCCGGAUUCCACCCUUGCUGCUUGUACGUCCUUGGACCGCAGCAUGGUGGCAGUGGUGCCCGUUGGCAAGCGGGACGCUGGGGGUCCCUCUUCCUCCCUGCUGCCCCUGCCAAGUGGACAUUGUCCUGAAGACGAAGCCUGAACUUUAUCUGACGAGUUGGGUCACGCAAACACUGGGCCUGGAGAGCUGGUGCUCAGUCAACACCAGUGGGUGCUUAAUAAAUCUUGUUGUCGAAUGAA